UUAUAAAAUUACAUGGCAUCGACCUUUACAAUCAGUUACAUUCAACAUCUCGCAGCAGAAACAUCUCUCUUAACUAUAGAGCAACAGAAAAAAAGAAGUCUCUGUUCAAAGUAAAAGUUAUAUAUGUACGUUUGAAGAAAAUUCUUUCGUGUUUUAAACAUCUGAACAAAAGUGAACCAAAAAAAAAUCAACAAACAAUCAGCAGUGAUGAGUGCCAUGUUAAUUGAUACCUCGUGUUUGAUACAUGAAAUUCCGUUAAGCAUUUAUCGGAUUGUGUGCGGUCAAUUGGAUCAAAAUGAACGAUGGCGAUAUCUGGCACGUGAAAUUGGAUAUGAAAAGUUGGUCAUCGAUCAAAUGCGUCAAAGUACGUCGCCAGCAUCAAAACUAUUGUCUAAGUGGAGCGAUCACGGAAAUCACACAGUUACCGAAUUGUUCAUGCUGUUGCAUCGAUUGAAAGAGUCUCGCAUAAUGGAAACGCUUCGUGAUCUAGUCGAUAAAUCAUAUCAUCGCCUUAUCGUUACAAAGAGUUCAUCGUUUUCGGCGCUAAAGGCUCAAGUGAAUGCAUUAAAAAAACCAUAUAAACUGCAUAAAAAAAUCAAUGCAACACCAAAAUCAGACAGUUUCAAGCCAGAUGUCAAUUCAUUUGAUAUCAUUUGUGCAGGAAUUCCGCAAAUUGCAUUGGACGAAUUGACACAAGCAACGAACAAUUGGAAUGAAGAGGAGACACUUGGAGCCGGUGCUUUUGGGGUUGUGUAUCGAGGAAAAUGGAAACACACUGAAGUUGCAAUCAAACGGAUCAAUUGCAAAGGAUACGAUAAAAGUGCAACAACAAAAAAACGACUCAAGCAAAUAUUGAUCGAGAUGCGGUUCUUAAAUAAAAAUCGACAUGACAACAUUUUGCCACUGUACGGAUAUAGUUUUGAUGGUUCGUCAGCGUGCUUGGUGUAUCAACUUAUGCCAAAUGGUUGUUUGGCCGAAUGUUUAAGACAAAAAAAAUCACCAUUGACUUAUGAACAGCGACUCAAUAUUGCCAUUGGCACCGCACGCGGACUUCAAUUCAUUCAUACAUUCAAUAAACGGGCCACAAUCCAUGGUGACAUCAAAUCAGCCAACAUUUUGCUGGACAACAAUCUACAACCGAAAAUUGGCGAUUUUGGUUUAGCAUGCACAAUAAACGGCAAUACAAAAUCAAAACGACUAUACGGCACUCACGCUUAUUUAGCCGACGAUUUCAUUUCAACACUUAUAAUUAGCACCAAAAAUGACGUUUAUGCAUUUGGUGUGAUUCUAUUUGAAUUGGCGACCAGCCUUCGUCCGCUUGAUGAACGUCGCGGCACUUAUAGCAAACUAUCACGUUACAUGUGGGCAUUCAGUGAAUCGCCGGAACGGAUCAGUACAUUGGUCAAUGCUCAUGCUAAACCAUCAUCGAAAACCGGACUACAAACUCUUAUGCAAUUGAUCGAAAUUGGAUUUUCGUGUACUCGAUGCGAUCGCAAUGAACGCCCGGAAAUGUCGAAUAUUUUAAAUUCAUUGUUAGCACUUUAAACACUUUA